GUUUCUUUUGGCGAGGUUGAAAAAUGGAUUCGAGAAUAUAUAGGAUCGCGGAACUCUCAACAUCUACGCUUUUGAAGCUCGUGUUGUUUUUGUCCUUGGCCCAGGGAUAUACAAAAAGCGAGAAAGAAAAGCUCGCUCCCGUGACAAAUGUCGAAGCGAUUGAAGGCCAACAAGCGCAUUUAUUUUGUCCUAUGGCAACACCGAAAGGAGACAAAAUCAAUAUGGUAUUAUGGUUCAAAGACGAUGUCGGUGUUCCCAUUUAUCGUUUUGAUGUUCGAGGAAAGUCAAUAAGUGAAGCAACGACAUGGUCCGAUCUAGGAGUUUUCGGUACUCGUGCCAAAUUUAUAACUCAGUCUGAACCGGCAUUUCUUGAAAUAGAUGUAAGUCGUCCUCAACCAGAAGUGUCUUGGUUUAUGAACGGAAAUUUGGUGGAUGACGAAUAUGAACACAACUCCGGUAACAUAAUCGAGAAUCGUCUUCUAUGGCCGUCACUUCAGAGAACUGAUUUGUAUUCAGUAUUCACGUGUCGUGCCGCAAACACGAAAACUGUAGCACCUCGAGAGAAGCGUUUAGUAUUAGAUAUGUACCUAAAACCAAUUCAAGUGAACAUACUUAACAGUUCGUUAACACUUGUUGCUGAUCGAAAGUAUGAGAUUCAUUGUAGCACAACGGGCUCGCGACCUGACGCCAUCAUAACGUGGCUGAAAGGUAAAAAGUCUCUGAAGCGUACACGUGAAUAUAAUAAAAACAAUCAAACCACAUCGAUAUUAAACUUCGUACCAUCGAUUGAGGAUAAUGGGAAAACUUUAACAUGCCAUUCAGAGAAUCCAAACGUAGCUGGAAUGUUUAUUGAGGAUAAUUGGAAUAUGAGCGUCUUUUACCCGCCUGUUAUUAGUCUUCAAUUGGGAUCAAAACUUCAAGCAGGCGACAUUAAAGAAGGCGACGAUGUUUAUUUCGAAUGUAAAAUUGACGCCAAUCCAAAGUUUCGACGACUGACGUGGUUGCACAAUGGACGUGCAUUGAAAACAAACAGCAGUACAAAAAUCAUCAAAUCAAAUCAGAGCCUAGUGCUUCAGAGAGUGACUCGUUUUUCAGCUGGGAAGUAUUCGUGCAGCGCACUUAAUUCAGAAGGCGAAACUGUUAGUAAUGAAUUUUUAUUGAAAGUAAAGUUCGUGCCACUUUGCGCAACUGAUAAAAUGAUGGUGGUGGGUGCCACUAAAGGUGAAGAUAUCAAACUGACUUGCGAGAUUAAAUCGUAUCCAUUACCAAGACGUUUUUAUUGGAAAUUUGAAAAUUCUGAAGAGUCAAUUGAAACUGAUCAGCAAAAAUUUAGUAAUAAUGGAACAAGAAGUAUUUUGAACUUCUCCACAGCAACAGAUCAUGACUAUGGAAGUCUUUCUUGUUGGGCGAAGAAUGAGAUAGGCAUUCAAUCACAGCCUUGCAUCUUUCAAUUAAUUCUGGCUGGUCCUCCAACGCCAGUCACAAAUUGUUCAUGGAAUAAUGAAUCAGAAUCUUCAUUAAUUGUAAAUUGCAGUCCAAGCUACGACGGAGGUUUGCCACAAACUUUUGUGUUAGAAAUAUUAUCACUGAAACAUAAAAUUCAAUUAUUCAAUCAGUCAAACACUGUUGAACCAACGUUUCGUCUCGAUCCAAAUCGUAAAAUUAUAGGAAGAAUUCGAAACUCAACGGAGAGUGACGUACUUAAAGUGUUCGUGUUUUCGCGAAAUCAAAAAGGUAGAAGUCAGGGCACAUUCAUCACUGAGUAUCAUCUUGGAAAUUAUAAGAAGCAAUCGAGCGAUCUCGUUAAACGAGUGUCACAACCGUCACCGAUACUUUUAGGAUUAUUUUUUACAAUUUUAUUGCUUGGAUUGACAAUCAUCGCACGGUUGUAUUGGAAGUCAAGAAAAAUCAAGAAGGAAAUUGUAAAGGAAGACAAAUACAACAUGGAAUCGAGGUGCUCUCUGCUGAAACAAGAUACAUUUGCUGCGGAUGCCUUUUCAAGUCCAAAGUAUAAGCCUGCGGGUACAAGUAUCAAGACGAGAGGGAAAAUUGAGACUAUCGACGAUGAACAAGACCCUGAUCUUAUUCCCCAUUAUCCUCGUCUUACAAACAACAUCCAUCAAGAAGAACUGAUCCCCAUGAAUUCCGACCCCUCAUUCUUGAAUCGGGACCGUCACAAAAAUGAAGCCAACGAUUUUCUCACUGAUGUUGAAAUCAACUUUCAACUUUCUAUUAUGAACGGAAAAGUACCAGAAAGUUGCGUGUGAAAAUUGUUUUUUCUUCAUUUGUUUAGAUCAAUUUAAACUCGAAGUAAAUAAAUAAAACAUGAAGACAGAAUAAGAAAAAAAUGAGGAAAACAUUUUUCCAUCUUUUAGAUUAAUUUUUUUUAUAUUUCAAUGUUGUUUAAACGAUAAAAGGCAAGAUAGGAAGCUUAAACGAGCAAGUAAACAUGAGAAAUGACCAUAAGAACGACUGUGAGAAUUUGUAAAAUGAAUUGUUGGAUAUUAAAAGCUUGAAGAUCUUAAUAAUGGAUAUCUUGAAUAUGUUUUUCCAGUUAUGCAGUUAUCUGCUUAUGAAUAAUAUUUGAAAGCAAAGAGAGCUGAUGAUGAAUUUACCACUCAAAAAUUACCUGCAAAUUUUAUAAUCUCACAAAUUGUUUAUAAAGAAAUUUUUAAUGCUUUCAGAACUGUCCCAGCAUAAAUCAUCAGCAUAUCUGUUCAGUCUAAGUAAUAUCUUUCAACUUGCUGCUUCUUACUUAUUACAAGAAAAUAAAAGGAAAUGAAAAUUUAAUUAAUGUUUCACAGUUUUUUGGAGUCGGGUUUAAGCUAAAUACGAAAAGAUAUUUUGUGAAAAAGAUGAACUUCAAAAAAGGUCAAUAAAAGUUAAUUAAUUUGUAAAAUUGUAAA